AUGGAGGCACCCCUGCAGACAGAGAUGGUGGAACUGGUGCCCAACGGCAAACAUUCGGAGGGGCUCCUCCCUCCCGCCAAUCCCAUGGCAGGCAACCCAAGGGUCGAGGGCCCCAGCCGGAGCUGCGUUGAGGACGAGGGUUUCCUUCAAAAAAGUCCCAGCAAGGAGCCACACUUCACUGACUUCGAGGGGAAGACGUCGUUCGGGAUGUCGGUGUUUAACCUCAGCAACGCCAUCAUGGGCAGCGGCAUCCUGGGGCUCGCCUAUGCCAUGGCCAACACGGGCAUCAUCCUUUUCCUGUUCCUGUUGACGGCCGUUGCCCUGCUCUCCAGCUACUCCAUCCACCUGCUACUCAAGUCCUCAGGGAUCGUGGGCAUCCGUGCCUAUGAACAGCUGGGCUACCGUGCCUUUGGGACCCCAGGAAAGCUGGCUGCGGCCCUGGCCAUCACACUGCAGAACAUUGGAGCCAUGUCCAGCUACCUGUACAUCAUCAAGUCUGAGCUGCCCCUUGUCAUACAGACUUUCCUGAACCUGGAGGAGCGAACCUCGGACUGGUACAUGAAUGGGAACUACCUGGUGAUCCUGGUCUCUGUCACUGUCAUUCUACCCCUGGCACUGAUGCGGCAGCUCGGCUACCUGGGUUACUCCAGCGGCUUCUCUCUCAGCUGUAUGGUGUUCUUCCUAAUUGCAGUUAUCUACAAAAAGUUCCACGUGCCCUGCCCACUGCCCUUCCCCUCUGCCAAUGUCACGGGCAACUUCAGCCACUUGGAGGUCUUUAAGGAGGAGGCGCGACUGCAGGACGAGGCCAAGGCCACAGCCUUCUGCACCCCGAGCUACUUCAGACUCAACACACAGACGGCAUACACCAUCCCCAUCAUGGCCUUCGCCUUCGUCUGCCACCCUGAGGUGCUGCCCAUCUAUACCGAACUCAAGGACCCCUCCAAGAGGAAGAUGCAGCAAAUCUCCAACAUAUCCAUCGCCGUCAUGUACGUCAUGUACUUCCUGGCUGCCCUCUUCGGCUACCUCACCUUCUACGACGGGGUGGAGUCAGAGCUGCUGCACACCUACAGCAAGGUGGACCCAUUUGAUGUGCUGAUCCUGUGUGUGCGUGUGGCUGUGCUGACGGCCGUCACGCUCACGGUGCCCAUCGUUCUGUUUCCGGUGCGCCGCGCCAUUCAGCAGAUGCUGUUUCAGAACCAGGAGUUCAGCUGGCUGCGGCACGCUCUCAUUGCCACCGGGCUGCUCACUGGGAUCAACCUGCUGGUCAUCUUUGCCCCCAACAUCUUGGGCAUCUUCGGCGUCAUCGGUGCCACGUCUGCCCCGUGCCUCAUCUUCAUCUUCCCCGCCAUCUUUUACUUCCGCAUUGUGCCCAAGGAGAAGGAGCCUGCAAAGUCCACUCCUAAAAUCCUGGCCCUUUGCUUUGCUGUGUUUGGCCUCUUGCUGAUGACCAUGAGCUUGAGCUUCAUCAUCACUGACUGGGUCUCUGGCACCGGCCGGCAAGGAGGAAGCCACUAGGGCCCCCCCAUCCUGUGCUGUCUGCUCGUCCUCGCGCCCUUGCCCAGACUCCUCAGUCUCUGCUCCCAUCCAGCGGCCAGUCUGGGGGGAGGAGGAAGACGUGGUUAACACUAUGGCAUCUGGCCCUGCCCCACGCCUUCUCUAAAGAAGGCUUUUAUUAGAGAGCCAGGACCAAGGCCCUUGGGCCACUGCUCUGCUGGGCUCCCAGUGCAAGGGGCUUCCUAAGCUGGGAGCAGGGAGAGGCUGCCCCCUCUGCUCCCUGCUUUUGCUCAGCGCCCACCCAGCCCCUUCACCUCUUUGCAAAAAUGCAUACACUGGGCCUAGCAGCUGCCUUCUGAAGUCACACAGCCUGUAGGGGCACUUAGAGCCGGAGCCCAGGCCUGCAGCCAUCCUCUGCCCUGCUGCUGGGCCACAGUCAGUGCCCUCAGUCCACUUAGCUUCCUUCCUUCUGUCCCCGACACCCCUUCCAGACGCUUCGGUUCAACCCUUGGAUACUCUGUUCCCUUCUCCUAGCUCCUCUACCAGGAGCAGCCGCCCCCACCCUGUACCUGGCACCAGCAAGUCUACUGAGGCUGAAUGGUGUCAGCACCGAGAGCCCCGUGCCCUACCUUUGUAACCAGUCCUGGGGAGGCUGGGCCUCCCCCUGCCUCAAGCCUGGGCCAUCACUCACAUUCCACUACCAGGAGAAGAGACAGGCUGGGGCCCAUAGUUUCUCUGCCCCUGGGAACCAAACCCCCAGGGGCCAGCCUGGGGCAGGGGUGGAGA